GUGCAACCUGUUUCAUUUAUCGUUGGAGGAAGAGAAAGGAGAGAAUCGGGUUACAAGAUGGCGGCUGUGUGAUCUACCAGUCAAGCCGAGGAGGCAGAGGGAUCGGCGCUGGCGGGAGGAGGACGGUGACACCGAAUCCAUCGGGAGACGAGAAAGCCGCGGCCCCCGGGGCUCCUCCUGCUGAUAGCCAGCGGCUCCAACUUCAGGCAACCGGCAAAGGAUGAGCCGCGGUGGGGGCUUACCGUGAAGAAAGCCGGGGCGAGAACGAGCGGGCGGCAUCAUGUCUGACACCAGGCGGCGGGUCAAGGUCUACACCCUGAACGAGGAGCGCCAGUGGGACGACCGGGGCACCGGCCAUGUGUCCUCCACCUAUGUGGACCGGCUGAAGGGGAUCUCGCUGCUGGUGCGGGCCGAGGCUGACGGUGAGAGGGGGGUUAUUACAGCAGGAGAACUACACGUCCCAGCACAGCCUGAGUGUGUGGAGGGGGCUGAGACCUACUGCUUCAGAGGUUCGUUGCUUUUAGAGUCGAAGAUUAACCCGAAUACUGCAUAUCAAAAGCAGCAGGAUACACUGAUAGUUUGGUCUGAAGGGGAAAACUAUGACUUGGCUCUCAGUUUUCAAGAAAAAGCCGGCUGUGACGAAAUAUGGGAAAAGAUUUGUCAGGUUCAAGGCAAAGACCCCUCUGUGGAAGUCACACAAGACCCGAUUGAUGAAUCGGAAGAAGAACGCUUUGAGGAGAUGCCUGACUCAAGCAACUUGAUUGAUCUUCCCAAUUGUGAACUCGGUAAACUUGAAGAGAUUGCUGACCUUGUUACCUCAGUCCUAUCAUCACCUAUCCGCAGAGAGAAGCUAGCUCUGGCUCUGGAGAAUGAGGGCUAUAUUAAGAAACUGUUGCAGCUCUUCCAAACCUGCGAGAACCUGGACAACGCAGAAGGUUUGCAUCAUUUAUACGAGAUCAUACGAGGAAUCUUAUUUCUCAAUAAAGCAACUCUGUUUGAGGUGAUGUUUUCGGACGAGUGUAUUAUGGAUGUUGUGGGAUGCUUGGAGUACGACCCAGCCUUGGCCCAGCCAAAGAGACAUCGUGAAUUCUUAACCAAAACUGCAAAGUUUAAGGAAGUAAUCCCCAUAACAGACUCCGAACUUAGACAAAAGAUUCACCAAACGUACAGGGUACAGUACAUUCAAGAUGUCAUCUUGCCUACGCCAUCUGUCUUUGAAGACAAUUUUCUUUCUACGCUUACAUCCUUCAUUUUCUUCAACAAAGUGGAGAUAGUCAGCAUGCUGCAAGAGGAUGAAAAGUUUUUGUCCGAAGUUUUUGCGCAGUUGACCGACGAAGCCACGGAUGAUGAUAAAAGACGGGAAUUGGUCAAUUUUUUUAAGGAAUUCUGUGCGUUUUCACAGACAUUACAACCUCAAAAUAGAGAUGCUUUUUUCAAAACUUUGGCAAAUCUAGGAAUUCUUCCUGCCCUUGAAAUAGUCAUGGGUAUGGACGACUUACAAGUUCGAGCUGCUGCCACAGAUAUAUUUUCAUAUCUGGUAGAAUUUAGUCCAUCCAUGGUGCGGGAGUUUGUGAUGCAGGAAGCUCAGCAGAGUGACGAUGACAUUCUGUUAAUAAAUGUUGUGAUCGAGCAAAUGAUUUGUGAUACGGACCCGGAGCUUGGAGGAGCGGUUCAGCUGAUGGGACUUCUGCGGACUCUGAUAGACCCUGAGAACAUGUUAGCGACAGCUAAUGUAAGAACAUGCAAAUGGAAAACGGAAAAAAGCGAGUUUCUGAAUUUCUUCUACAACCAUUGUAUGCAAGUUCUCACUGCGCCUCUCCUGGCAAACACCUCUGAAGACAAACCGGAUAAGGAUUCUAGUAUUGGACCCAGUACGGGCAGCACCAUUUGUCCAGAUAACUAUCAGACGGCUCAGCUGCUGGCGUUAAUUUUGGAGCUGUUGACGUUCUGUGUGGAGCAUCAUACGUACCACAUCAAAAACUACAUCAUGAACAAGGAUUUGCUCCGUCGAGUGUUAAUACUAAUGAACUCCAAGCAUACUUUUUUAGCACUUUGUGCUUUACGUUUCAUGAGGCGAAUAAUUGGGCUGAAGGAUGAAUUCUACAACCGUUAUAUUAUAAAGGGAAACCUUUUUGAACCAGUUAUUAAUGCGCUUCUGGAUAACGGAACCAGAUACAACCUGCUGAACUCUGCAAUAAUAGAGCUGUUUGAGUUCAUCAGAGUGGAGGACAUAAAGUCGCUGACGGCAAAUAUAGUGGACAACUUCUAUAAAGCUCUUGAAUCCAUUGAAUACGUUCAGACAUUCAAGGGACUGAAGACCAAGUAUGAGCAAGAAAAAGACAGACAGAGUCAGAAACUAAACAGCGUACCAUCUAUACUGCGCAGCAACAGAUUCCGAAGAGAUGCAAGAGCUUUGGAAGAAGAUGAAGAGCUAUGGUUCAAUGAAGACGAGGAGGAAGAAGGCGAAGCCGUCGUGCCUCCUAUUGAAAAGUCUAAAGCAGAAGACGACUUUCCUGACAGUUAUGAGAAAUUUAUGGAAACUAAGAAAGCUAAAGAAAGUGAAGACAAGGAAAAUCUUCCAAAGAGGACUUCAGUGGGGGGAUUCAAGUUCACCUUUUCUCACUCUGCCAGUUCAGCUAACGGAGCAAAUAGUGCAAACAGCAAAUCUGUGGCAGCUCAGACCCCACCAGCAGGAUCGAACGGGUCAUCCUCCAAAAAUACAACUUUAUCUGCGACAGUUGCGUCCGCAAAGGGAAGUCUGAUCGGACUGGUGGAUUACCCAGAUGAUGAGGAAGAAGAGGAGGAGGAAGACACCUCGCCCAGAAAAAGACCUAGGCUGGGAUCUUAAAUUGACAGCCAUAAGCUUUGGGUUAACACAGCAACUGAUAUCUGAGCAUAGUGUGAGUCAGGAAGCUUUCUCCCUUGAAUAAUGCGGAAGUAGCCAAACUCCACUAGAAGGGUGUAAAUGUCAAGAUUUCAUGGAGGCCCCACAAGCGUUCAUGAAUUCUUGUAGGGUUUCAGAAUGAAGGGUUAGCUAUGACACACAGAGAUGAUUGCUUCAGUCCAUCUUGUGUUUGGGGAAGGGGACAGAAUGGAUCACUUAGAAAGACACUUUAACGUUGCAGGGUUGCCCCAAGAUGUAACUCAAUAAAAAGCGAAACGCUUUUAUUUGCACACCGGUAAUCUUAAUUUUUAAUGGUGCUGGCCAUAGUGUUUUAAUAAUUGCCUAUUUUAUAAAAAAAAAUAAAAGAGAAAUGGAAGGGAAUGAAUUCUGAUCUAACUUUGGGGACCAUUCUUUGUAAAUUUAAUUCCCAUCUUCGGUAGUAGGAAUGGGAGGGGGAUGGGUGACACAUCGUAGUGCAUGUUAACUUUAAAAACGAAAAAAUGAAAAAAAAAAUUGAAUGAGAACCUUUCAGUGUGUAUUUUAUUAAAAUCUGAAGUCAGAAUGAACAGAUGUCAUAAGUAGCCCGUCCUGCGUACUGCACUUCCAGAAAUACUGAUGCCAAGGAUCAGUAGCUUCCAAAACCUAGUCUGGAAACUGCCCGUUGACCUCCUUACCAGUGCCUCAAUCUCUUGCAGUGUUACUAUUUUUGUGUUAAUUAUAUGAACGGUGUGUUUAGUUUUUUGUUUUUUCUCCCCAUUUUUUUUAUUUUUCUUUAUCAUUCAACAUCCUUGGUUUUUAACGCUAUUAUCGGUUUUAGUCCAUAUAAAUUAAAUAUCCCAAGUUUUUUAAAGUGCUAAAACACCAUCAUGGCUAUACAAGAAACGAUAUACCAAAGGGGUUAACACCGCAAGCAAUGAAUUAAUAUCAGCCAUUUGUUUCAUAGUCGGGGAAGCCUGCCGUUACACUCAUUUUAUACAUAGCAAUUCAGAGCACAUUCCGUGGAUGGAAGUGAAUUGCGGCUGAUGCGCCGUCGCCGGUCUACUUGUAGGAUACAACCUGGUUUGAUUUUUAUUUUUUAAAGUAGCACCUGAACCUGUAAAUAUUUUACUAGUUUCCGCCCUGUUCAUAUAUGAUCUGAGAUCAUGCAGAAGAAAAGUGUUCCCUCCUUCACGUCAGUUUACUGUCCAGAGACCACAGAGCUGCUGCGGUCCUCUGACAGUCGCCCUCAUAACAGGUUCUCGAUCCGUUCCUCCUGAUAAUAGUUGAAGCAGUUUCCCAAGUUUUGGAGAUUUUGUAGUUUAAUUAUAAUUUUAGUUAUUGUUUGGAAAGAUGGGCCGUCUGUGUAGAUAUGAAGUAUAGAUCUUUUUUUUUCUUUUUUUUUUUCCAUAAAAAUACAGAAGUUUAUUUUGUAUUAAAUACCACUGUACUUGUUUUACACCAUUUGUAUACAUGUGGUGAUAUUAAUGCUGAACUGUAAAAUUCAGGAAUUAAAAUGUGACCGACCCUGUAAGUAUA